AUGAUUUUGAACUUGACACUAUUUCUGAGCAUAAUAUGGGCUCUCAAUUUACUCUAUGGCGAGUGGUUUGCAUAUUUGGUGCCUUCACUGUGGACCUGUUCUUGGCCUCAUCUUCAACACUCUUCUUCUUCUUCGCCGAAAGGAGUUGAUUAUUCGAGUGAUUAUGUGAAAAUCGCUGUUGUGACAGACCCCCAGCUGAUGGAUAAAACUUCUCUGCCUCUUGCCCCGAAAUCACUUGCUCUGGAGAUUGCUCAGUUCUACACGGAUUUAUACAUGCGGAGGGCUUUUAUCUCGUCUGUAUUACCUUUCAAACCAGAUGUUGUUUUGUUUCUGGGUGAUUACUUUGACGGGGGAUACAAGCUGUCAGAUGACGAAUGGCAGGAAUCUUUGGGCCGUUUCAGACAUAUUUUCAAUCUGAAUAUGCUUCAGAAAUCUUCGAAAUUAAAAGUAUACUACCUUUCUGGAAACCAUGACAUUGGGUACUCAGCUUUCAUCUCUUGGAAGCCAGAGAUUGUCAAACGCUAUGACAGAGAAUUUGGUGCUAGGAACUUCAAAGUUAAAAUCGGGAAAGUGGACUUCAUUGCAGUGGAUGCACAAACUUUGGAUGGCCUUCCACAAGGUAAUUUCACAUCAGAUACCUGGAAAUUCGUAAAAAAUGUAUCUGAAGAUACUUCUUCUACUCCAAGGGUUUUGUUGACUCACAUUCCCUUAUACCGGCCAGACUGGACUCAUUGUGGGCCCCAUCGUUAUUCACCAGUCAUCAAUCAGCGAAUUAACCAUGCAGAUCGGGAUCAAGAAAUACUGUAUCAGAAUUACAUCACUGAAAACUCUUCAAAUGCCCUCCUUGACCAAAUCAGACCCGCACUAGUCCUCUCGGGCCAUGAUCAUGAUCAAUGCACGGUAAUCCACAAGUCGAAUAAGCACGGUCCAGUCACUGAGCAUACUGUAGGAACUGUGAGCUGGCAGCAAGGCAACUUGUAUCCUUCUUUCAUGUUACUAUCCGUCAGUAAUUCAGUAAAAGCAGAUGGAUCCAAUUCAGAAGAAGAUUAUAUAUCCACUCACCUUUGCUUUCUUCCCAUGCAAAUGCAUAUCUACUUAUGGUAUUUAACUCUGUUUGCAAUGACCCUUGUUAUUGUCCUCCUUUGGCCAGCAAAUGAAGUUCUCAUCUUCAAAAAGCUUGGCAAUCUAACGGUUUCUGUCAGAAGUCUGUAUAACAGCUUGAUUAGUCGCGUGAAGGAGAAAAACGAAGAUGAUAAUUGUGAGUACGAAGAGAUUUGGGAUGCAGAAGGGUCUAUGCACCUUAUCAAGAAAACCAAAAAAGUUCCGCAAACGUCCUUAACCGAGGGCUCCUCGGUUGAGAGGGGCAAUGCCGUGAUGCGAUCAAAAGCUCGGAAACAGACGGCACCAGAAGUAGACGAGUCGAAUGCAGAUGUGAGUAUACAUAUUGGUUCGACUGCUAGAACAAAUAGGUCGAAAGCGAAAAUGAUAAUCUGGAGAUUAGUUCGAGCAUUGAGAGCACUAAUCACCAUUGCUGCCUUCAAUGUUCCCCUUUAUGUGUUGCUGGUUUUCAAAGAUUGGAUUGACAAAUGA